UUAUCUUUUAGCAAAGUUUCUCUCAUUUCCCCUCUCUCUCUCUCUCUCUCUUCCAAUCUCAAUUUCAUAACACCUUGCCAACCUUCUCGGUUUCCUCUUCUUGGGUUUCGUUGCUUAUCAAAUUAAAGAAGCGAGGUAGAGGGAGAAAGAACAGCCUCGAAGAUGACGGGGAAUGGCACAAUGAUGGUCUCGUCCAGAGAUGAUCAAGGGAAGGCCGUUCCGCCAUGGCUGAGGCCGAUCGCGAGCGCCAAGCUCUAUAGCUCGUGUGAGACUCAUCUCUCCGAAGACCGCAAUUUCUACUGUCGAGUCUGCAUGGUCGCUCUCUGCAAAGAGUGCAAGAAGCAACACGAUCUUUCUAAGCAUGAGAUGAUAAAGGCAUAUAAAGUGGGGAAAGACGUGUCGUUCAGAAUGGAGGACUUGCAGUCACUCUGGGAUAUUUCCGAUAUAUGUCCUUACAUUUCCAAUAAGUGGCUCGUCGCGUACAUAUACAAAAGAGGAGCUAGGAUCGCUUCCUCCGGCCGCCAGAGCAGCGUUGCAGAGUGCGAAUCUUGCCAAUAUCGGCUCAAGUCGCCGGACGCCAAGUAUUGCUCCUUGGAAUGCAAGGUUGAUGCCGUGAUGAAGAUGAAUGAAAGUGGAAGUAUGAAGAACGAGGCAAAGAGAAAGGUAGAGACCAUAUCAGAGGAGAGUCCUAGCAAUGUGAGGUCAUUCAGAAAACGGUCAAGAAAGCAGAAAAACCCGCAGAGAGCUCCACUUUAUUAGCCGAAGAUUGGAAAUUGGUACCUAUUGUUAAUUUUUCUGGUACAUUCUUGAUAGGGCUCAUUGAAACUACAACGACCUUCGUUAAUUUUUCUCCCUUUUGCGUAAGGGCUUAGCACAAGCUUGAUCUUCCAUGUGUCAAGCGAAAUAAACGCUAUUUCAC